UUAUAUAGAAGGAAGAAAGAACCCCAUCAAAAGGAAAAAAGGGGUUUUUUUUUUUCUAAAAAAAAAAAAUCUAAAUUUUUGUGUUGUUAUAAAGUUUAGAAUAUUGAGAGGAAGGGUUGGGGGUAGUGAUUAACUUUAUUAUGUUGUUGUUGUUUGAGAUGGAGAAUUAUGAUCAAGAAGUAGGUGAUUUGACUGAUAUUGUAAGAGGAAGAUCAACAACAACAACAACAAGAAGCUCUACUACUACUACUACUACUUCUUCUUCUUCUUCUAAUUGCAAGACUGAAAUACUAGCUGAUCAUCAUCUUCAAGAUUCCACCUCUUUCUAUUAUUCUUCUUCAUCACAAUUGCUGCAACUACAAGAUCAUCAAGAUCAUCAUCAUCAUCACCAAUACAGUUUUGGAGAUCCAUUUUGCAGUGUUGUUGCUCCUUCAGUACUUGAUCAUCAUCUUCAUCAACAUCAUCAUCAUCAGCUGGUGGAUAAUAAUACUAAUAUUAAUGCUUUUUUCAAUGGAAUUUCUGCUUCUGCUGCUACUACUACUGCUGCUGCUGCUCAUCAAGAUCAUGAAGAUCAUCACGAAGUUAUGAAAAGCAGCCCUUGUAAUUCCAAUUUAUUCUCACGAAUGCUUCAGAUCUCUCCUUCAUCCAACAAAUUCCAAACCAUUUCUUCACUUACUAAUAAUUCCCCACCUCCUUCUAAUUUCUUAAUUUCAAAUCAUUCUCCUACCACUACGACUACUCCACUGCAUCCUGAUCAUCACCUUCAUCAUUUUCUUCAUCAUCAUGAUCAAAAUAAUAAUAAUAAUAAUAAUAAUACCUCUGCCGCCCUUCACAUCUCUUCUCCCCGGAACCCCCCCGGUAUCAAGCGAAGGAAGAGUCAAGCAAGGAAGGUGGUUUGUGUUCCAGCUCCAGUUGCUGCCAGUAGUAGACCAAAUGGGGAAGUGAUUCCUUCUGAUCUUUGGGCUUGGAGGAAAUAUGGUCAGAAACCCAUUAAAGGUUCUCCAUAUCCUAGGGGGUACUAUAGAUGCAGCAGCUCAAAAGGAUGUUCAGCAAGAAAACAAGUGGAGAGAAGUAGAACAGAUCCAAACAUGUUGGUGAUUACUUACACAUCUGAACACAACCAUCCAUGGCCAACUCAAAGAAAUGCUCUUGCCGGCUCUUCAAGAUCAUCUCAGCAUUCAUCAAAAAACAACACUUCUACUACUACUACUACUACAUCUACUACAACACAACCCAAUUCUUCAAAAUUACUCCAUCAUAAAAAUAAACAAGAAGUUCAAGAAGAAGAAGAAGACCAAGAUCAUGAAAACAACAACAAUGGCACGACGACGGUAUUAUUAUCAUCAACAGCAGCAGCAGAUGAAGAAGCAUCAAAUAAGAAUAAUAAUAAUGUUAAGGAAGAGGAGAUGAUUGAGAAUGAAUUGAUGAUGAGUAGUACUAGUGAAGGAGGGUUAAUUGAUGAAGAUCAUGAUUUCUUUGCAGAUUUGGAAGAAUUAGAAACAGACCCAUUAACUCUCUUGUUCAAUACCACUACUACUACACAACAACAACAACAUCAACAACAACCACCUCACAAAUUAGAGCAAAUAAUCAAAGGAUCAGCUGCAGCCGCCUGCUUACACGACGUCGUUCCAUUCAAUCAUCUUUUUGAUUGGCCUCCUCCACCACACCAGGAACAACCACCACCUAGUUCUCCUACCAACAGAGGUUUUUAUUAAACACACACAUUAUAUAAUUCCCCUCAUAAAACUUCCUUACUUCAAGUAAUUCCUUUACUUAUUAAUUCUCUUUCUCCCCCAUAUAUAUUUAUUAACAUUCAUAUAUAUUUGGGUGCAUUUUUACAAUACCACCAAAAAAGAAAAAAGAAAAAAAAAAAACAUUGUGAUUUUUGUGAUUUAAUUAAUAUCGGUGAGGUAUAUAUGUUGGUUUGAUGCACUAGUAAAAAAAAAAAAAUGUUAAAAAUAUUAUUUCAGUCUCUC